GUUGCUAGGAGAAACAGCAAAAUAUAUUUUUAAUAAUUGGUUAAAUAAAAAGGGAUUAUUUUAAUUUUCACAAAAUGUUUGGUGGUUUUCGAUGUACAAUUCCGGCGGAAGCCGAUAGAAAGGUAGAUGUAGCCAACAAUCUUUUCAUUGAAACUGUUAUGGAACAAGAACGACGAGUUAAGGAUUUGAGGGCGGAGGAAAUACAGAUGACAGCUGAAAAUCCUCGAAUUCGGGCCCAACAACAAACAAAAGAUAUCUCAAUUGAACUGAAAUCUCAAAAGGUUGAAGAAUUCCUGGAUAAAAAACGGAGGCAGCAACUACGUCAGAAUAAUAUGGAACUACGGCAGUUGGAGAAACAGCUAAAAGCUGCGUUUAUAUCAAAGCAGUUGGUUGAGCAGAAGGUGGCUACUGAUAAGCUCAAAGAAGAGCAAAUGAAAAAUAAAAGGUUGGAAGAUGAAGAAUUUGAAAAGGAGCAACGCCGAUGUAAAGAAGCCUUAAUGGAGCAAGAAAAAAAUGAGGCGAAAAAGAAACAAGAAUUUCGUAAAAUACUCUUAGGUCAGAUGGAGGCUUCCCAGCAAAAGAAAAAAGAUGAAUAUACAGAGGUAUUAAAGGAAAGGGAUGAAAUGCAAAAAUUGUUGCGAAAAUACAAGGCGGACCAUGAAGCAGAAUUAUUAGAUUUAGAACAGAGAAAGGAAAAUGCCAAAAAAGAAAUGGAAGAAUUCAGACGCUUGCAGAAGGAGCUGAAACAAAGCGAGAUGACGCAAAAAAUGGAUGAAGUGGACAGAUUCCAGAAAAUGAUGAAGGAACGAGAGGAACUUAAUUUGAAGAUUAAGAUGGAAAGAGAUAUGCAAGCUCAAAAGAGAGCAGAGUUGAGUGAUCGAAUUGGACAACAAUUGUACCAAGUAGAGAGCGACAAACGGAAACGUGAAAACCUAUUGCUUGAUUUACUGGUAGAGGAACGUAAUACUAACGAGGAUAUCAAAUAUAAACAAAACUUGGAAAAACAGUGGAAUGAUCGUAUACAAAUGCGUUUGGAAUUUGAACGGUAUCGGGAGGAAAGAGAACGUAGAAAACUUGAACAAGAGCAAAACGAGGAUGCAGUCUUCCUUGCAGAAAUGCAUAAACAACUGGCUGAACGUGAUAAGUUGGAUCAGUUAGCAGAUGAAAAACGUCGACGAAAGAUUAAAGAACAUGGUCGAGCUAUACAAGAAAUGAUAGAAUUACGGCGUCGUCAAAGAGCUAUGGAUGCCGCUGAAGAUAUUAAGUGGCAUGAAUACCUAUUGAAUGAGGAACGAAAGCAGACUGAAAUGGUGGAAAAUGAGCGUUUAGAGAUGCUCAAAAAUGCACCAGUGGAUGUGUUGCGGUAUCUUCCUUCAGGAGUGAUAAAGGACUCUGAUAGAAAAACUCUUGGCCUUUCUGAUAACUAACGAAAUUAUUUUUUUUUUGUAAAUUCUGCGAUAGUAAAUUUUUGUGUUGAAAAUUCUAAAUGUAUAUUUAAAAUCCCGCUUUAAUAGAAAGUAUAAAAUAUUCA